AUGGCGUCGUGUCACGCAGACAAUGACCUCAACUACCCACAGUGGGGCCCCGGGGUGCAGUGGUCGUGCUGCUCGACUGGAAAUGUCUACGGCAUCGAGUUCAAGACCGAGGUGCCCAACAGUGGGUCGUUUUACGACCCCGUGGACUGGGUCGUAACCGAUUACGCCUCGCCCGGGACGUACGGGACGUCGGGAACGUACGAACUCACGCGGUGUAACGUGACGUUGGCUUCGAAUACGGAUUACAACUCGUGCGUCGGGAACGCGUGCGUCGGGAGCUCCAAGUACGAGUGCUCGAGCAACUUUCAAGCGCCGAGCGCGCCGCGUCGCCUGUGUUUGAGAGGCACGUGCGGUCUUCCACCCGGUGGGCUCUCGAACGGUAACGCGCUGUGCACCUCCAACGUGUACUUGUGCUUCAGAACCGGGAGCACGAGUUGCGGUCUCGGUGCAGCUUCUGGUGGCACUGAGAACGGGAGCAGUGGCGCUUUCACCGAGAACUCCGCGUUCAGGUAUGUGCUGCCGGUUCUAUUCGUAUUGCUAUCCAUCGCGUGUCACAUGUUUCGCAUAUAUCAUUAUCGCAGACGCACCGGGCAGCAGAUUCCAUUUUUUUCAACUCGAAGCUUCCGUGGCUUGCCGGCGGUGCCCACGUCGGAGCCGAGCGCCGCACCAGCCGCGCCUCCACCGGCGAGCGCGCCGCAGCCGAGCCCGUAUGAGGUGCACAUUCCUGGCAGAGGCGGUCGGCGAGACACCGUCGUCGUAUUCGAACACGGGCGCUCGCCGCGGGAGUCGCCGUCGAUGCCCCCCGCGCGACCGAGCGCGUACCAAACUCCCGCGGACGCCUACUACCCCAACGUCUGA